GCCCAUUAAGAGGCAAUAGGAAAUGAAUCGAGUGGUGAAAUCAGUUGCCUCUCCAUCCCACUGAGAGAAGAGACCUCCCUCUGUCGCACUUUGGGAUUUAUCCGCAUUUUCUCUCAUUCCCCCGGCUUUGUUCGGCAUUUAGAUACAUUAUCUCCCUUAGCAUCGUCGAAAUGGCAACGCGAAUUGACAAAGAGGCUUGCAGAGAAGCAUACAAUCUGGUGAGAGACGACACCUCAGAUAUAUGCUGGGCAUCUUUUAAGUAUGAUGGCUCUACCAUUGUACCAGCUGGUCACGGAUCCGACUAUGAAGAAUUCAAGAGUCAGUGUGCAGAUGACAACCGUCUCUUUGGGUUUGUAAGGAUCACUACAGGUGAUGCCAUGAGCAAGCGUGCCAAAUUCACCCUCAUCACCUGGAUUGGCGAAAACGUCAGCGGACUGCAAAGAGCCAAGAUUAGCACUGACAAGUCACUGGUAAAAGACAUCGUGCAGAACUUUGCCAAGGAGUUCAUGAUAAGUGAUCCCAGAGAGCUGGAGGAGGAUUAUCUCCGCAACGAGCUGAAAAAGGCCGGCGGGGCCAACUACGACGCCCAGGCCGAAUAGAACUUGGGGGCGGGUUUCCAUAGGGUUGGUGGAGAAGGAAGAGGAAAACGUCAUCUCAUACACAUGCACAUACACACAGAGAAAACAUAAAUAUACAUACCUCACCCCUCUUGCCAGUCUGGCCAUGGUUGAUUUAUCUAUCUACUGUACUGUGCAUCAUCUCAAAGUCAUCUCUACUAAUGCUAUGAGGUUCUCUUUUUUUUUUUUUUUUUUUUCUUCAGGGGCAUUUUUGUAACUGUAGUUUCUGACGAUGCUCCUUUUGGCUCAGAGUUGUCAUCACUGUGAUCAUUGGAGAGCAUACGAGUCCAGCAUUGUUUUCUAAGGGGUUUAUUAGAAAUCUGCAUCUCCCCGCUGAAUCCAGACCACUGUGUUUACUGUCUCAAUCUCCCAUGGAGAGGAAGACAUCAUGGAAUGUGUGCAUUUGUGUGUGUGUGUGUGUGUGUGUGUUUGCAGACACUGCACUGUGACUGGCUAACUUGCAUGCAGGGGGUGGAGUCUUAAAGGAUCUCGUAGCUCUGAUUGGCUCUUUCGCUCUUUCGGUUUAAAUUAAAAUACCCAAGAAUGUCAUUUUUCUUUUUUUAUUAAAAAGUAGGUUUAUUUGCUUUAAAACACAACCUGUGGUUCAUCCUUCAAAAUAAAAAUGCCUCCCAAGCCAAGAAAAGAAAUAAGAUGGUCACAAAAGCAAUCAUGUCAGAAUAAAAUUGUUUUUUUUU